AUGACCGUGGCCAAGGGGUGGAUCGUCUCCUUCCUGCUACUGGAGGCCAUUGCGGCACCGGGAAUCGGGAGGAGGCAGACAGUGCUCACUCAAUCGGUCCAGAAUGUCCAGCCUGGGAAGAGAAACCUCCGCUCCUUCACCCAGCCAGCUGACUCCCCGGAAAGUCCCGGGGAAUGGACGAGCUGGUUCAACAUCGACCACCCCGGGGGCCACGGGGACUACGAGCGCCUGGACGCCAUCCGUUUCUACUACAAGGAGCGGGUGUGCCCGCGGCCCACGCGGGUGGAGGCCCGCACCACCGACUGGAUCCCGGCCGAGGCCACCGGCCAGUUGGUCCACGCUAGCCCCGAGGAGGGAUUCUGGUGCCUGAACAGCGAGCAAAUUGCAGGCCGGAACUGCUCCAACUAUACCGUGCGCUUCCUCUGCCCCGUGGGUUCCCUCCGGAGAGACUCCCCGCGACUGUGGACCCCCUGGUCGGAGUGGAGCGCGUGCUCGGCCCCGUGCGGGCACACCGGAGUCCAGACCCGCAGCCGGACCUGCCUGGCCAAGUCGCCCCACCACUGCCACGAGCCCAUGGAGGAAGGCCGGCUCUGCCUUGGGCAGGACUGCAAAGCGUGCGACCUGUCCUGCGCCAUGGGCCGCGUGAACGCGGACUGCGACGCCUGCAUGUGUGAGGACUUUGUGCUGCGCGGGGCCGUCUCCCUCCCGGACGGGGCCCCGGCCGCCGGGGCGGCCGUCCACCUGCUGACCCACCUGCAGACCCUCAAGCCCCUGACCCGGGCGGAUGCCGGCGGGAGAUUCCGGAUCCCCGGCCUGUGUCCGGACGGAAGGAGCGUCCUGAGGCUCACCAAGGCCAAAUUCGCCCCCCUCGACAUCACCGUGCCCAAGACUGCCCGCAAAGAAGCCUCGGUCCAGGCCCGCUUCUCCAGAGCAGGCAUCCCCUACAUCACCAAGAACCCCCAGACCAAGGCGAGGAGGGUGGGACAGAGCGUCUCUUUCUGCUGCAAGGCCGUGGGCACCCCGAGCCCCAACAAAUACCUCUGGUACCACAACGAGAGCCUGUUGGAGCCUCCAUCGCACACGUAUGACAACAACCUGAUGCUGAAGAACCUGCGGAAGGACCAGGCGGGCGAGUAUUUCUGCAAGGCCAGUAGCCCGGCCGGCUCCGUGAAGUCCCAGGUGGCUAAGCUCUCCGUCAUAGACGCCCACGAGCCAGCCUGCGACCCGAGGCCCGAGAGCUACCUCGUCAGGCUCCCGGACGACUGCUUCCAGAACGCCACCGGCUCCUUCUACUACGACGUGGGCCGGUGCCCGGCGGGCCCGUGCGCGGGACCUCGGGACCCGGGCCUGCGGUGCCGGGACGAGGGCGAGCGCUGCUGCGGCGUAUCCCGGACGGAGGAGCGGACCAUCGCCUGCGGCGGCUACGCGCUGCCCACCAAGGUGGCCGCGGCCUGCUCCUGCCAGAAGUGCCCGGAGACCAGGACCAUCGUGAGGGGCCGGGCCGUGGCCGUGGACGACGGCGAGCCCCUGCGCUUCGGCCACGUGUACCUGGGGGACCGGCGGGUGGGCGUGACCGGCUACGGGGGGGCCUUCUCCCUCCACGUCCCGCCGGCCACGGAGAGGCUGAUCCUCACGUUCGUGGACCGCCUGGGCCGCUUCGUCAACUCCACCAAGGUCCUGCCCUUCGGCCGGAAGCGGGGCGCCGUGUUCCACGAGGUCAAGAUGCUCCGCCGGACGCCCCCGCUCCUCCUGGAGGCCUCGGAGACCAACGUCAUCCCCCUGGGGGAGAGGCCCGGGGAGGACCCCAUGGCGGAGCUGGAGAUCCCGCCGGGCAGCUUCCGCCGGCCCGACGGGCGGCCCUACGCGGGCCGGGUGCGGGCCAGCGUGACCUUCCUGGACGCCCGGGACGUGGCCUCGGCCCCCGCGGCCCAGAGCGACCUGAGCUUCGUGGACGAGGAGGGGGACGUGCUCCCGCUCCGCACCUACGGCAUGUUCUCCGUCGACUUCGCCGCCGAGGCGGGGGCCGAGCCCCUCCACGCGGGCCCGGUCACGGUGCGGCUGGACGCGGCCCAGGUCAAGAGGCCGGAGCACGCGGCCGCCAUGAAGCUCUGGUCGCUGUCGCCGGCCACGGGCCUGUGGGAGGAGGAGGGGGACCUGCGGGCCGAGGGGCCCGGGGGCCGGCGGCGGAGGGAGGAGAGGACCUUCCUGGUGGGCAACCUGGAGAUCCGGGAGCGGAGGCUCUUCAACCUGGACGUGCCCGAGAGCCGGCGUUGCCUGGUCAAGGUGCGGGCUUACCGCGGCGACCGCUUCCUGCCCAGCGAGCAGCUCCAGGGGGUCGUGGUCUCCGCCAUCAACCUGGAGCCCAGCGCCGGCUUCGCCUCCAACCCGCGGGCCUGGGGCCGCUUCGACAGCGUCCUCACGGGCCCCAACGGCGCCUGCGUGCCCGCCUUCUGCGACGAGCGGGCCCCGGACGCCUACUCGGCCUUCGUCACGGCCAGCCUCGGCGGGGAGGAGCUGGAGGCCGCGGCCUCCUCCCCGGGGCCCGACCCGGCCGUCGUGGGGGUCCCCGAGCCCUACCUGGCCCGCCUGAAGUACCGGCGGAGCGACCACGAGGACCCCAGGCUGAAGAGGACGGCCUUCCGCAUCAGCGUGGCCAAGCCGCGGGCCGGCGUGCCCGGGGAGGCCGGCGGCCCCGUCUUCCCGGCCGAGGAGGCCCGGCGCUGCGAGGACGCCCCGCCGUCCGCCCCCCACUUCCGGUUCUACCGCGUGGAGGGGGACACCUACGACUACAACACGGUCCCCUUCAGCGAGGACGACCCCCUGAGCUGGACGGCGGACUACCUGGCCUGGUGGCCCAAGCCCAUGGAGUUCCGGGCCUGCUACAUCAAGGUGAGGAUCCUGGGGGCCCCGGAGGUGAACGUCAGGUCGCGCAACGCCGGCGGCACGCACCCGCUCACGGCGGGCCGGCUCUACGGCCUCCGCGACGUGCGCAGCGUCGGGGGCCGGGACCGGCCCGGCGUCUCGGCCGCCUGCCUCGAGUUCAAGUGCAGCGGCAUGCUGUACGACCAGGCCCGGGUGGACCGCACGCUGGUCACCGUCAUCCCCCAGGGCAGCUGCCGGCGGGUGGGCGUCAACCCCAUGCUGCACGAGUACCUGGUGAACCACCUGCCCCUGGCCGUCAACAACGCCAGCGGCCAGUACACCAUGCUGGCCCCCCUCGACCCGCUGGGCCACAACUACGGCAUCUACACCGUCACCGACCAGGACCCCAAGACGGCCAAGGAGAUGGCCCUGGGCCGCUGCUUCGACGGCACCUCCGACGGCUCCUCCAGGGUCAUGAAGACCGACGUUGGGGUGGCCCUCACCUUCGACUGCGCCCACAGGGAGGUGGGCCGGCAGAGCGCCUUCCAGUACCUGCGCGGACCCCCGGCCCGCCCCAGCGGGGACCGGGAGCCCACCCGCCGGAGCCGGAGGGAGAGUUAG